GGAGAAGCCUGAAUAACAAGCCCUGAACUGGGCAUCUGUGAAACGUGCACCUUGUUACCUUGUCACUAAUUUCCUGCCCGGGAUUCUGGAGCUGCUCUCGUUGGAGCCCACAGGGGUAAGGUCGAGCUUCUCACUUUCCCUCCAAUGAAGCUUGGAGGUAGAGGAGGAAUUUUGGCAGUGUCAAGGUCUGAGUUCCAGUCCGUUCCCCUCUCUGGGCCUCAGUCUUCCCUGGCAGCCCUUGGCUGGUCCCUGUGAGCCUGCGGACACCACCAGAAAUGUUCUCUUUCAGUUGCGGGACCCUGAACCUGAACCUGACCCUGGCCCUCUUUGCCCUGGUCUGCUGUCCAGGGUCUGGUGAGAAGGCAUUCAAGGUACAUGUGAGGCCAAAGAAGCUGAUGGUUAAGCCCAAGGGGUCCCUCGAGGUCAACUGCAGCACCACCUGUAACCAGCCUGAAAUGGGUGGUCUGGAGACCCCUCUCAAUAAGACUGUGUUGGCCCAGCAGACUCAGUGGAAACAUUAUUUGAUCUCAGACAUCUCCCAGGACACGGUCUUCCAGUGCCACUUCACCUGUUCCGGGGAGCAGGUGUCAGCGAGUUUCAACGUCAGCGUGUACCAGCCUCCAACACAGGUCAUCCUGACACUGCAGCCCACGUGGGUAGCCGUGGGCAAGUCCUUCACCAUUGAGUGCAGGGUUCCCGCCGUGGAGCCCCUGGACAGCCUCACCCUCUUCCUGUUCCGUGGCAAUGAGACUCUGCACAGUCAGACCUUCGGGAAGGGAGCCCCUGCCCUGCAGGAGGCCACAGCCACAUUCAGUAGCACGGCUCACAGAGAGGACCGUCACCGCAACUUCUCCUGCCUGGCCGUGCUGGACUUGCUGUCUCGCGGUGGCGACAUCUUUCACAAACACUCGGAACCUCAGAUGCUGAAGAUCUAUGAGCCCGUCCCAGACAGCCAGAUGGUCAUCAUCGUCACGGUGGUGUCAGUGCUGCUGUUCCUGUUCGUAUCAUCCAUCCUGCUCUGCUUCAUCUUCAGCCAGCACUGGCGCCAGCGGCGGACGGGCACCUACGGGGUGCGAGCGGCUUGGAGGAGGCUGCCCCAGGCCUUCUGGGCACAGCAGGCAUGAGUGAUGUGGCUACCGCCAUGGUGACCAUUGGAACUCAGUGUGGCUCCUCAGAGUUGAGGUCCAGCUCUGGGCGAAGGAUUGUGACAGGCAGCAGAGGACUCUAGGGACAUUGCCUUUUCUAGCCUGAAUACACACACCUGGAC